CAGCGUAGCGCGAGGCCAGUCCGAGAACGCGACCCUAACACUAACAUCCGGUGUAUUCCGAGAGUCGGAAACGGAAACGACUGCUUGAUCGAUUAAUCCACGCCACGCCGAUUAAUCCACCUACACCCAGCCAUCAUGAAGAUCGCUAUGCUGCUGAUGCUCGUCGUCGCUUUCGCUUCAGCUCAACGGAUCACAACGAUUCAACUGGACGGGGUACAGUACUUCGUGUCCCGGAUGAACCCGUACAGUCCAGAACUGAACUAUUUUUUGGCCUACCAAUACUGUCGCUCUCUGGGUCUUCAACUGGCCUCGUUCGAGACAAAGGAAAAGGCUGACACGAUGACGCAGUAUUUGAAAAACGCCGGCUACGUGAAGUACGACUUUUGGACAUCGGGCAACAAAUUGGGCACGGACAUGUUCCUGUGGAUGAGUACGGGUCUGCCGUUCAACGCCACCUUCGACUACAUGUUGAGGCGACCUGGCAACAGACCCGCUGACGUUCCACCUGGUACUGAACCUCAACGAGUAGCGCGUGAAAGUGGCGACAGCGGCAGCGCGGACGGAUGCGUCGCGAUGGUUGCGCCCACGUUAGCCUGGGAGGCUCAGGACUGCACCCUGGUUAAGGACUUCAUCUGCGAGCAAACAAGAUGCUACUACUACAACUACGGCAGCAUUCCAGUCUCUGCGACUCAGGGAAAUCGCAGACCCUACAUAACAACCACCUCGGCGCCAGCCAGCGACGACCAGGUCGAAGACCACGAGGAAAGCGACAGCAACAGGAACGACGAGAACCAGGACAUCGAGAGCGGUAGCAACGACGAAAAGGCAACACCGGAAGAGGAGAGUUCCGUCGACGAAAAAUUACCUGAAGACCCGGUCGUCAGCAGGCUGAUCACCACGGCCGUUCCCGCGUCUGACAAGCAGCAACAACCGUCCACGUCUUCGCCGGUCGCCACCGAGGAAGAUCACGAGCAACCGACCAACGCCGAAUUGGACAACGCCAGGCCAGAUCACCUCCCGGACAUCGCCAGCCUGUUCACGGACAGUCCUGGCCCUCAGGCCAGAAAGGACAACGUGUUCGAGGGUCUGCAGACGCGAGAAGUUCAUCGUUCGUCUCUGCGCUCGUCCACCGACAUGAAGGUCGAGCAUCGAGAGUCACCGGACUACCUGGAGGCACAGGCUGAAACGGAGUCACCCAACAACGGGCUGGAAGACGCUCACACGGUCGGUCCGUACGACAGCGUUCAAGAUUAUUACGCGAACGACCAACCGGAGGCGGCUGAAUCGUCGAUGAUGAAGGAUCAGGACGACGACAGCAGCACGAUCCUGCCAGAGGCGGAACCGGCCUACAGGUACAACAUUAAAGUGCGCACCAACGGCAAAGUAUUAGAUCCUCCGUCCAAGUAAACGCUUUACUCAUUAGGCUAUCGUCCCGCGUUAUUAUUCGUUGAUAAGUGAAGCAUGGAAGAUUCUCGAGGAACUAGAUGUAUUAAUGUACGUUCACAUGUGUAUAUCGUGGAUAAUUAUCGGACACGCGAGUGUCGUCAUCUCUCAUUCGUCCGUUCUGAUUUCAAGCAACGCAUUCCCGCAGAUACUCGGAUCGUUCUUCAUCGUUCUCGCGCGCCGGAAGGAGAGAACCUUCUUUGCCGAAGAUUCGCUUUCUAUAACGAUUUCGCUCGAUCACUAGACUAAGCUGGAACUGUUUGCUCAAAGAAACUAACUCGAAACGUAAACUGAAAUCAACGCAUCUCCUUCUGUCGCUGAUUCCUGACGACGAGCGACGUCGUUCCAACAAGGGUAUUUGCACUCGUUCAUUCGACUCGUUUCUUGAUCGUCCAUUCUGUGACGCUGGCAGACACGUUGCAUCUGCGUCGCUAAUUCUUCUGUUCUUUGGUCGCGUUUAACGGAGACGUCCAAGCACGUCGUAGCUGGGUAGAUAGCAACGCGAACGCGAGAAUUCGUGGGAUCUCAGGCAUUACGGUAGGAAGCGUUAUCGCUGAUAAAGCUAACCGAGAACGAUGUUCGGUGUGGGGAGUUGGUAGUCUGCCAGCGCCACAAAUCUUCAUGCAUAUCGAUGUAAUCAUCUUAGGUAAUAUUACCCGUACGUCUGCAAGAUGAAACGUUUCGCAAUCGAUCGAUUUGGCCCCCCUUCUCUUUUGCUUUUCAUUCGAACGUUGAAGACGCGUCGAGUGCCAUGCUAAGUUCGUACAAAAUCCUUUCACUUACAUUUUCUAAUGUAUUAUUUGGAUAGAAUUGAUCGAAUCUUUCCGGCUAAAGUAGCUGACAAAUCCAUGUGAAAAUUAAUAAGUCGCUAACUGAUCCAUGGCACUCAAAAUGUUGAACAUUCUUGAUCGGGCUAAUGUUAACGUUUACCGCAAAAUUGGAGAAUCUGGGUCUCGAAGGAUGAACGUUACUCGAAGAAGCAGCGUUAAUCGCAACGUUUCCGUCAUCCAGACGUAUGAUAAUCGGCGCACGCCGCGAAAAAUACGAUUCUUCUAAUGCUACGAUAAGUCAUUGACACAUGGAACUUGAAUAUUAUUGCGUAAACACGGCGCGAAUGUGCAACUUGUGUAAUUGAAUAUUAAUAAAGGUACGAAAUACAUUGUAACGUCA